AUGGAAGGUGAAAAUUUUGUACAAGCCGAGCCAAUUGAACGAGAACCAGUAUAUGCUGGAGUUCCAAUUGAUAUUUAUUCAAAUACCAUGUAUGGCGUUUUAGACGGAAUAUGUAAAAAUUAUGAUUAUUCAUCUGAUAAAGAUUCAAACAUGGGUAAUGAGAAUUCGGACUUUGAAGAGACAGGAGAUUUGAAUAUCGAGAGAAAUGAUAGUAGCGAAGACUCUAGUGAAGAUGAUGACCAAAGCUCGAGCGAUGCUGAUACAGAUUCCAAUGAAGAUUCUGAUAGUGACGGGUCGGAUUCUAGUGAGGAUACUGAUGAUAAUUCAGAGGAAAGUUCAGUAUUGGUGGAUAUAUCAAAUGGAAAUAUAAACGUUGAAAUGGACUCGGACACAGAGACGGAUUCAGUAUUGGAAAAUGAUGGUUUUGGAAUCGAUGAUCCGAUACCCGAGUUGACUGAAGAAGAUGGGCUAGGCUCGGAACAAUUAGAAUUACUUGAAAAAUCAGAAAAAAUUCGAGAAUUUUUAAAGGACGAUUAUUUAAGAGAGAUAAUACUGGAGAUUGAUCAUUCUGCAAGAAAUGAUGAUCGCAAUGUUGAAACAUUAUUGGAUAAUAUAAAGAAAAAUGAUGAAAUGUUUUAUCAUUUCACUGAAGAGAUAUUGAAUGUAAUAUAUGGACCCCCUAAAAUGGACUUUUAA